AUGACGGACACCACAGCGCCCGCGCAUCUUGACCCGUCAGCAUUGGGGACAAGAGAAUACUGGGACAACCUCUACACCACCGAACUCCGCAACCACGCCGACAACCCGCGCGACGAAGGAACCGUCUGGUUCGAUGACUCGGACGCCGAAGCGAAGAUGGUGGCGUUUUUGGAAGAGCGGGUGGACAACGACGACGAAGGUCUGCACAGCCGGGGUGGGGGACUGGUGUUGGACCGGGAUACGGCGUCGGUGCUAGAUUUGGGGUGUGGGAAUGGGAGUAUGUUGUUUGCGUUAAGGGAUGAGGGGUGGAGGGGGAGGUUGUUGGGGGUGGAUUAUAGUGUGUUGAGUGUUGAGUUGGCGAGGAGGGUGGGGGAGUCGAGAAGGGAGGGGGGUGCUGAGGAGGAGGAGGAUGAUGAGGCGGGGGAUGGUGAUAAUACGGGGGAGAAUGACGAGGGAAACGGGGACCGCGGAGAUCAUGAGACUGAGACUGAAGUCGAGUUCAAAGUCUGGGACGUACUCAACGGCUCAUUCAGCGAAGUCACCUCCGCCACCACCACAACAACAACACCAUCCUCGACUUCAGAUCCCCCCCAACAACCCCCAAUACCACCCCAACAGCAACAACAACACCAACCCCUCCCAUGCUGGCACAUAGUCCUCGACAAAGGCACCUUCGACGCCGUCUCCCUCUCCGGCGAACACGACGCCCACGGCCGCCGCGUCUUUGAAAACUACGGCGCCCGCGUGCUCCAUCUCCUGCGGCCCGGCGGGCUCUUCCUAGUCACCAGCUGCAACUGGACCGAGGCUGAGCUGCGGGAUUGGUUUGAGGUCAAGACUGGGGUUGUGGCUGUUGGUGUGCCUCAGGGGCAAGGAGAGGAAGAAGAAAAGCGGUUUCGGCUUCGCUUGGCGGGUAAGGUGGAGUAUCCGAGUUUUCGGUUUGGGGGGGUGCAGGGGCAGACGAUAAGUACGUUGUGUUUUGAGAAGGUGAGGGCAGAGGUUUGA